UGUGCAAGUCACAUGGCUUGACAAAAACACAAGAGACAACCACACACAUUAUCAGCAGUGUUAAGCUCCUCCUCCUCCAGGAAGUGCACAGGUUGUAGGACCUCCUACAUUUCCUUGAAGUCCUCCUCUUUGUCUGUUUGUCAGUAAACAUUUCAGCAGACAGAGUUUGCUGCCGUGUGUCGUCUUACUCGUCUCUUGUCAACACCUCAUACGAUCAUGUGAACUGUCCCUUUAACUACAGCUGUCUGUCGCUCUUCAGUCAUGGGACAUGAGACAAAUUGAUCGAUGUACAUCAUGAAGGUCGCUCUGCUGCUCGCUCUGCUGCCCGCUCUGCUCACAGUGGUUGAAGGAGACAGCACGAAGGUUAAAGGUCACACAGGUGAGGAGGUCACCCUGCCGUGUCACUAUGACGUGGACACUCACGGUCUUCUGUCCGUCUGCUGGAACAGAGGACAGAUAAGAAACAGCGGCUGCUGGUCAUUGAUUGUUGAGGCAGAAAAAACAAAGGUGACAGAAGAAACCAGAGUGUCCAACAGAUACCAGCUGCUGGGACAACUGGACAGAGGAGACGUGUCUCUGACUGUACUGAACGUCACAGAGACAGACAGCGGAGUCUACGGCUGCAGAGUGCACAUUCCCGGCUGGUUCAAUGAUGACAAACACCACUUUGAUUUGACAGUGGACACAGCUCUGCUGUCGACCAAGUCCAUGCCGGUGGACACGGCGACGUCCCCGGGGACGGCGACAGACGCUCACACCUCAGGUCAGAUGACCUCCUCCACCGCCGGUGCCGUCCUCACUUCCUCCUCCGCCAGCAGCAGCAUGACCAGCGAGGACACUGAGGAAGUCAGCGCUGUGGCUGUGGCUCUGCUCUGCGCUUUCUUCGGCUUCAUUGUUUUGAUUACAGUGGGCGGAGUCAUCAUCAUCAUCGCAAGAAAAUGGAGGCAACUCAAAAUUCCUCAGCCUCUGGUCAGCCCCUCGUUGUCCACCCUGCAGCUCCAGAGUCGUGGUGCGGCCGAGAACAUUUAUCAGAUGGACGAGGGCGUGUACGACUCCUGUCCCUGACUGCUGACACGACAAUGUGUGUGUGUGUGUGGACCCACGUCCACUGUCACGGCGACAUCUUUAAAUAGACGGCGAACAACGAGACGAGAGAAAGCUGCAGACCUGGGUCACAACCAACCACAGAAGUCAGUUCACAUUGUUCACGUCUCACUUUUGUCCACUGAGACACGAACAUGAGACAUUCCAGAACGCUGACAUCACAGGGUCACGUGGGGGAUUAAGUGGUAGAAGAUGGACGGAUGAGGGGCAAUCAGAUGAAAGAGUGAAAGGUCAUAUUAUAACGUGGUAAAUCAGACAAAACAUCCCAUAAAUCUCUUAUAUUCACACAUAUCUGAUGAAAAAUAAACACGGUUUAUGUUUAAGCGCCGUUGUAGAACAAAUGGAAAUUUGGUGUUUUUUCUGUCAUAAGUUUGGAUGGAUAUUAUUUUGUAAAUAUGUGACGUGUGACUUAAAUGUAACUAACUCUGAAUAUGGCUCAUGAUUUCAAAAUCACUGAUAGAGUGAGUGGUUUACAAACGUGAGUUUCCUGUCUCACUUUGUUUGUCUCAGAUUAAGACGUAAAACAUGUUCUAAAGUGUUUUGUUUAGUGGCUAAAAUCUGUUUUUCACUAAAUAAAACUAGAUAAAACACUGGA